AUGGUGAACAGCUUUCUGGGUAAAAACACCGGGAAGUCUCUGUAUGAGCUGGAGUUCGCUGACGUUGCCAGUCUCUUUCUGGCUCGGUUAACCACAUGGAUGAGACUCACUGACCAGUACCUGAUGGAGUUCCUGGAUGAUGGGGGUGUCCUCACCCUUUUGGUGAUUUUGAGUCAAUCUAAGACCAAUGAGGAUGACAAAGCUGAAGCCAUUCAUCUUCUACUAACUAUCUCAAACGCUGGUCGCAAAUACAAGGAGUUUAUCUGUGAAAAACAUGGGGUGAAAAUUGUUGCAGAGUGCAUGACCAUGUCCAACACAAAUCACACCCAAGAGACAGGGAGGGCCUUGAUGGAGUCCCUGUCUUACGGAAACCCAACAUAUCAAGAUCAAGUUUACAAAAGCCUGAUCGACCUAGUUGCACGUCACCAAAAGCCUAACAAAACUGAGAGGAUUGAGAUUACUGGAUCCCUACCUGAGUUUCUGCAACAAGCUGCUGCAGCUAAGACAAUACGGCUGGUGGAAGAGAAAGAUAAAGAACUUUCUGAAGAGCUUCUCCAUCUUGGAGUGAUCCAACAGCUUCUGCAUGCGAUGGGCAACAGAAAGCACACUGAUUCUCAAAUACAAGCCAGCCUUGCCUUGAAGGUAGAACUACUUUGCUCCAAAGCACAGCCUCCUGUGUGGGAAGUUUUGUCUCUGAGAGUAAACACAGGUCCACUGCGAUUUACAGGCCAGCUGGAGAACCUACGAGAGCUCCACACACUUACUAAGACCCGCCCAUCGGAUGUGACGUUUGAAAUUGUGUCCUUAUAG